GCCGAUAUUUGGCUUAGUCAUUCUUCGAACUUCUGAAUUUUUGGCCCGGAUCUACAACGCUCUACAGAGAGUCUCGUUGAAAUCGAGAUAUUGGCCGGCAUUUCCUCGCUCUGAAUCUUCGACAAUUGAAGGUGGGAGAUUUUAUAUCGGUCAAUAGGUCUCCUAAAUUUGAAGACCUAGUCUCGCUUUCUUCUAGUGAACGAAAAGACGAUUCCAACGAGACGACCAAACUCUCCUUCACUCAAAUCUAUACCGUCCAUUCUCUAGACCGCCCAUCAUGCCCUCAGUCACCAACAUCGCGAACAUGUGUUCGCAUCUCCAAAACGCCUCUAAAGCCCGCCUGGGUAUAACAUCUGUCAAGAAUUGCAAAUACAACCUUCAACUCGCCCUCGCUCUUCACCGAUCAGGGUUCUUCUCGGCAAUCUACCGCUCCGGUCCUCAUCCUCCAACGCUCGAGCAGAUGGUUUCUGAGCCUCCAGUGCCCGUGACAAACGCCAACGUAGCCAGGAUGCGCCUGUGGCUCGGCCUUAAGUACUGGGACGGUAAACCCGUCCUCGGAAAGGCCAACGCCAUUAGCACGCCGAAGCGUCUUAUGACGGCCAACAUUGCGGAGCUGGCUAGAUUGGCGAGAGGGUUUCCUACGAAGGUGGAUGGUGGUGUCGUGCCGGGGUUAAAUCUUGGCGAGUGCAUGUUUGUGUCGACGUCGAAGGGUAUGCUGGAAGUAAGGGAGGCACUCGCGAGAAAACAGGGUGGUCUGUUAGUAUGCCGGGUUUCAUAAGCAUGGAUAUCUAGAGGGGGGGUUGCUUGGGUGGUGGGAGGAGCCUGUGUGCUUUCAUGAUACGAUAAAUAGGGAAGCUUGUAUUGUACAACUAGAUUAAGUCCAAUAAGGACGAUUUGUGUAUCAAAAAUCAAUCUCAGCAUGAGAAACCGCCUUUCGCAUUACAAAUAUUUUUGUUAUCUCGCAAUCUCGUUUUCAGAUGCUCUUUUUACAAUAAGUAUGCGAUAAAAUCACCAUUCGCCUUCGCUUAAAACAGGUAUCUAUACAACGGCUCAAACAGUACAUCCCCUCCUCCAUGGCUAAAUCAGCAAUCUUGUAUCUCCCACAAUCUAUCCCAAGUUUAUUCCGUCUUGGUAACGCUUUCCUGGUCUUCCGUCUUCUCUUCGUCAAUCUUCUCUCCAGUGGUAUCCUUCUCUUCAACAUCCUCAGCGGCCUUCUCGUCUUCCUUGGUAUCAUUCCUGUUUAUGAUGUCAAUCUUGUUGUCCUUAUUCUCUGCAGUCUUCGUCUCGGCUGACUCGGCAUCCUUCUCCAACAAGGGAAUCAUCUCUUCCGUGGUCUCUGGUUCAGGAUCAGUGGCUGAUGCCUUGUUUGUCUCCUCGACGACAACAGGGGGCUGAGUAGAGCCCUCCUCUACUAGAGGAACGAUAUCGUCGUUCUCAAUUGGCUUCUUAGAUUCAGUCGUGGGCUCCUGCUCCCUGGACUCCUCGGACUCAUCAGCAGGAGUCUCCCUGGGAGAGGCGAUGGGCUCCUCAGUAGCGGUGGUUUCGAGAACAUCAACAGGUUUCUCCUCUUUGGGUGUCUCGAGGGCGAUAGGGCGGACGCCUUCCUUCUUCUCCUGCUCCUCUUUGCUCGAUUCCUCUGGAGCGGGCUCCUCAACUUCAACAGGAGCGUCCUCCACAACGGGCCCUGGUUCAGGCUUCUUCAAGUCCUCAGGAGCAUUGUUGGUCUGGGAUACCUCGGUUUCAAUCUCGGGCACCUCGGGACUUUCUGACUUAGCAGGCUCGGGUACCUUCUCUUCAACCACGGGCUCAACCUUGGAGGUCUCGUCUGAGACGACUGAACCAGUCACCGACUUGGAUUCAGCUGCCUUCCUGGCAGGUUUCUUGGUGCUUCCCGGAGUUUUCAUGCUGCUCUCGCGGCGUGUGGCAUCGGCUCCUGAAGAUGAUGGUCGCUUUACCGUCUUCUUGGGCGGUGUCGUAGGCACUUUCUCGGAAGUCUUUUGAGCGGAAGCUUGUGUUGGUCGCAUCAUGCGGGCCAAAAAGCUCUCAUCGACUGGUGCUUCCUUCUUGGGGUGAGCGGGAUCGGAGGCCUUCUUGGGAGGAGGGCCAAGGCUUGGCCGUGAGCGGCCGACGUUUGAAGGUUGACGCCUGACGGUUUUGCCAGUACUGGCGCCAGCUCCUGUCGCGCUCGCCCGGCUGGCUGGGCGAGCAGGUACGCUGAGAUUCUGUGAGCUGGCCGAAGGUUGAACCUGACGACCUGUCUUGGCACCGGAGGAUGCAGUUGGGGCCAUGAGAGAAGCAGGGAGGUGCACAGGCUUCGUGGGAGACUUGGGCUUUGGUUUCACAAAGGGAGCAUCGCUAGGGGUGGGCUUCAAUGGCUGAGGCUUCUUGGUUGCGCUAGUCGCUGAAGGUCGUGUAGCUGUUGGCGUAGUCCUUGGUGCCGGUUUUGUCUCCUUCUUUGGUGCUGAAGCAGCCUUGGGAGCUGGUUUGGGCUCAGGCUUGUGUGUGGCGCUUGCUGUUGGCCUCGUUGCGGAAGGAGACUUUGCUGGAGGCUUGGUGUUCGGAGCUUUCGUGGAGAUGGUGCUGGGUCGAGUGGUGGUUGUUUUCUUGGGAGCGCUAGCCUUUGCAGUUGCUGUGGGAGCUGUCUGCUUUGGCUCUUUUGCUUCUUUCGUGUUCUCGACCUUGGCCUUACCAUUGGCACCUGCAGGAGCUGCUGGGGGCUUGUUUUCCUUCUUCGGCGAAGCUGCAACAGGCUCUGCCGUGACAGGCUCUGCUGGCGGCAAUGAAGGUGAUGGUUCCUCCACGUCUACCUUCUUGUCGGGGUUGACACUUGGCUCGUCGGUGACAGCUCCCAUUUGCUCCGUGGGUGUCUUUGGGGGAUCAAUUAGGUGACGGGGCGACUCUGGGAUUGCUUCUUGGAAGAAAGGCUUGCUUGCGCGUGGCGCAUCUUCAAGCGACGCGGAUGGCUUGUCCGGGAUAGUGGAAACGGAUUCUGCAUCGGUGUCCAUGCUUAAUCGACGGCGUGAUACACUGGAUUCGUGGCUGGGAUCUCUCCUAAGACCUAUCCUUCCGUCUUUCUCAAUGGCAACAAAGCUUGUUCUGACUUUUGACAGUGGCCGGACAGGUGAUUCGGUUCCGCUGUUGCCUGUGCCUGAGCCUGUGGAGAAAGAAAACAGGUUUUGAUCAGCAAGGGGUUAAAGGGAGAGAAAGAUGGACGGGAAGGACACGGUAGGUAUGAAAGAAUGACGCUGAAAGCUAGUGUGGGCGCGAAUCCAGGGCAGGUACAAUUAGAGCAAGCUUUUUAACGGCUUUCCUAACUUAAAAGUUGCAUCUCGCAACAGCUCUAAAAGUGUAUCCCACCAGCCAGGAAAUGCGCGCUCAUUCUUGAGAUCAUGUCGCGAGAGUAUCGGUCGUACCUUGGACGGGAGUAGAAGCGCCAGAUGAUCGGCCUCUGUCGGGCGGGCUCGUGUCGCCCUUGUUCUCGAACAUGGCGCGGAGGUUCUUAACCUGACUCAUUGUUGCUGAGGGCUCUCAGACGAGACGAUAGUUCGGUCGGGCGACCUCGAGGUCUUUUUGGGGUGUUCGUUAUGUACAGUUUCAGCGAGUUCUAGAGUUGAGCGCGUGUUGUGAAUGGAUAGGGAUUAGGAUAAGGACAAGAUGGGACGAGGUGAUGUCUGGCUGGUUAUGAGCGGCGUCCAGU